AACAUCCUAAAUUGGACGGACGGGGUGUGGCCUAGCCCCAGUUGAAAGGAGGGGCGUGGCUCGAAGGCUUGUCGGGGCGUGGUCUCGCCCUACUUGAGCGGGAGGGGCGUGGCCCAGGGCGGCGCGCGGCGGCUCUGAGCCUGCGCGCGCUGGAGUCAGGGGUCACAGCGACGUAGGCUGUGGCGGGAAACGCUGUUUGAAGCGGGAUGGAUGGCAAGCGGCGGCCGGGCCCGGGCCCUGGGGUGCCCCCCAAGCGGGCCCGUGGGGGCCUCUGGGAUGAGGAUGAGCCGUCUCAGCCCUCCCAGUUCGAGGAGGAGCUGGCGCUGAUGGAGGAGAUGGAGGCAGAGCACAGGCUGCAGGAACAGGAGGAGGAGUUGCUGCAGCCGGCCCUGGAGGGAGCCGCGGACGGGCAGUUCUCCCCAACGGCCAUAGAUGCCCGCUGGCUUCGCCCCUCCCCGCCCUCCCUGGAUCCCCAGACGGAGCCCCUCAUCUUCCAGCAGUUGGAGAUCGACCAUUACGUGGGCCUGGCGCAGCCCCUGCCUGGAGCAGCCCCGCCACCCCCCGGCCCCGUCCCUGUCCUCCGUGCCUUCGGAGUCACUGAUGAGGGCGUGUCCGUCUGCUGCCACAUCCACGGCUUUGCUCCCUACUUCUACACCCCGGCGCCCCCUGGUUUUGGGCGCGAGCACCUGGGCGACCUGCAGCGGGAGCUGAAUGCCGCCAUCAGCAGGGACCAGCGCGGAGGGAAGGAGCUCGCGGGGCCGGCCGUGCUAUCUGUGGAGCUGUGCUCCCGGGAGAGCAUGUUCGGGUACCAUGGGCACGGCCCCUCCCCGUUUCUGCGCAUCACCCUGGCGCUGCCGCGCCUCCUGGCCCCCGCCCGCCGCCUCCUGGAGCAGGGCAUCCGUGUGCCGGGCCUGGGCACCCCCAGCUUCGCGCCCUACGAGACCAAUGUGGACUUUGAGAUCCGGUUCAUGGUGGACACGGACAUCGUCGGCUGCAACUGGUUGGAACUCCCAGCGGGGAAAUACCUCCUGAGGCUGGAGGGGAAGGCCACGCAUUGUCAGCUGGAGGCGGACGUGCAGUGGUCUGACGUGGUCAGUCACCCGCCAGAAGGGGAGUGGCAGCGAAUUGCGCCCCUGCGCGUGCUCAGCUUUGACAUCGAGUGUGCUGGCCGCAAAGGCAUUUUCCCGGAGCCUGAGCGGGACCCCGUGAUCCAGAUCUGCUCACUGGGCCUGCGCUGGGGUGAGCCGGAGCCCUUCCUACGCCUGGCGCUCACCCUGCGGCCCUGCGCCCCUAUCCUGGGCGCCAAAGUGCAGAGCUACGAGCGGGAGGAGGAGCUGUUGCAGGCGUGGUCGACCUUCAUUCGCAUCAUGGAUCCCGAUGUGAUCACCGGCUACAACAUCCAGAACUUUGACCUUCCAUACCUCAUCUCCCGGGCCCAGACCCUCAAGGUGGAGUCGUUCCCCUUCCUGGGCCGCGUGUCUGGCCUCCGCUCCACCAUCCGGGACUCGUCCUUCCAGUCCAAGCAGACCGGCCGGCGGGACAGCAAGGUGGUCAGCAUGGUGGGCCGCGUGCAGAUGGACAUGCUGCAGGUGUUACUGCGAGAGUAUAAGCUCCGCUCCUACACGCUCAACGCCGUGAGCUUCCACUUCCUGGGCGAGCAGAAAGAGGACGUCCAGCACAGCAUCAUCACCGACCUGCAGAACGGGAACGACCAGACACGCCGCCGCCUGGCCGUGUACUGCCUCAAGGACGCCUUCCUGCCCCUGCGGCUGCUGGAGCGGCUCAUGGUGCUGGUGAACGCCAUGGAGAUGGCGCGCGUCACCGGCGUGCCCCUUGGCUAUCUGCUCACCCGCGGCCAGCAGGUCAAGGUCGUGUCCCAGCUGCUGCGGCAGGCCAUGCGCGAGGGGCUGCUGAUGCCCGUGGUAAAGACAGAAGGUGUCGAGGACUACACGGGAGCCACAGUCAUCGAGCCCCUCAAAGGGUAUGACCCCGUGUCUGGGUGGGGGUGGCUCGGGGCUUCCGGCCCUGACUCCUCCCCUCCCCCCCUGCCCCCCCUGCCCCCCAGGUACUACGAUGUCCCCAUCGCCACACUAGACUUCUCUUCUCUGUACCCGUCCAUCAUGAUGGCCCACAACCUGUGCUACACCACACUCCUGCGGCCCGGGGCCGCCCAAAAACUGGGCCUGACAGAGGAUCAGUUCAUCAAGACGCCCACAGGGGAUGAGUUUGUGAAGACGUCAGUGCGGAAGGGCCUCCUGCCCCAGAUCCUGGAGAACCUUCUCAGCGCCCGGAAGAGGGCCAAGGCUGAGCUGGCCAAAGAGACAGACCCCCUGCGUCGGCAGGUGUUGGAUGGGCGGCAGCUGGCGCUCAAAGUGAGCGCCAACUCUGUAUACGGCUUCACUGGUGCCCAGGUGGGCAAGCUGCCGUGCUUGGAGAUCUCACAGAGCGUUACCGGCUUUGGGCGCCAGAUGAUUGAGAAAACAAAGCAAUUGGUGGAGUCCAAAUACACGGUGGAGAAUGGCUAUGACACCAAUGCCAAGGUGGUGUAUGGUGACACUGACUCAGUCAUGUGCCGAUUUGGUGUCUCUUCUGUGGCCGAGGCAAUGGCCCUGGGGCGGGAGGCUGCGGACUGGGUGUCAGGCCACUUCCCCCCGCCUAUCCGGCUCGAGUUUGAAAAGGUCUACUUUCCCUACCUGCUCAUCAGCAAGAAGCGGUAUGCUGGCCUGCUUUUCUCCUCCCGGCCGGACGCUCACGACCGCAUGGACUGCAAGGGUCUGGAGGCUGUGCGUCGGGACAACUGCCCCCUCGUGGCCAACCUUGUCACCGCCUCCCUGCGCCGCCUGCUCAUCGACCGAGACCCCGCGGGUGCCGUGGCCCACGCACAGGACGUCAUCUCAGACCUGCUGUGUAACCGCGUUGACAUCUCCCAGCUCGUCAUCACCAAGGAGCUGACCCGCGCGGCCUCUGACUACGCCGGCAAGCAGGCCCACGUGGAACUGGCCGAGAGGAUGAGGAAGCGGGACCCCGGGAGCGCGCCCAGCUUGGGCGACCGUGUCCCCUACGUGAUCAUCGGCGCUGCCAAGGGCGUGGCUGCCUACAUGAAGUCCGAGGACCCCCUCUUUGUGCUGGAGCACAGCCUGCCCAUCGACACGCAGUACUACCUGGAACAGCAGCUCGCCAAGCCCCUCCUGCGCAUCUUCGAGCCCAUCCUGGGCGAGGGCCGCGCCGAGGCUGUGCUGCUGAGGGGUGACCACACGCGCUGCAAGACGGUGCUCACGGGCAAGGUGGGCGGCCUUCUGGCCUUUGCCAAACGCCACAGCUGCUGCAUCGGCUGCCGCACUGUCCUCGGUCACCAGGGGGCCGUGUGCAAGUUCUGCCAGCCUCGGGAGUCGGAGCUGUAUCAGAAGGAGGUGUCGCACCUGAAUGCCCUGGAGGAGCGCUUCUCGCGCCUGUGGACACAGUGCCAGCGCUGUCAGGGCAGCCUGCAUGAGGAUGUCAUCUGCACCAGCCGGGACUGCCCCAUCUUCUACAUGCGCAAGAAGGUGCGCAAGGACCUGGAGGACCAGGAGCAGCUUCUGAGACGCUUUGGCCCUCCUGGCCCUGAGGCUUGGUGACCUCUGACCUCGGCAGGCUUCCCACCAGGGCCUUGGGGGGCCGGAUUGGUGCAAAGUUAAUAAAGUUCAGGCCUCUUGUUUC